AUGAAUCGGCCACUCCCAACACGAGCAAGGACUCUCGCCUCCGAGGUCAACGCUGCCAUGGAGAGCGAGCCGUCUGCCGCGGGCCCCGCAGAGCCGCAACGGAGCCAGCGGAGGGCCAGCGAUCGUCCGCAACGGCCGAGGACCAUGACGUCGACCGAGGAGAUUGACAACACCAUCACGAGACCGGGAAGCGUCCGCAUCAAUGUCAAGGGCGCCUUCAUCGUCGAUCCGGACACGAGCACCCCGGCGCCCGGCCUCGCCCAGGGGACCGGCAAUGAUAGAGGCAGUCCGACACAUCGUGAGACGAGCGACAUUAGGCUGCCGAACCACACGGCCGUGGUCAGCCACAUUGCCGUUGAUAUUGGCGGUUCGCUCAUCAAGCUCGUCUACUACUCGAGGGAGGUGGACUCGACUGACCCUGGUGGCCGGCUCAAUUUCCAAAUAUUCGAAACAGAUCGUGUCGAUGACUGCGUCGAAUACAUGAAGCAUCUUCGCGACAAGCAAUUGGAGCUCAACGGGUCGCAGCACGGUGCCCUCUGCGUCAUGGCCACGGGGGGCGGCGCGUACAAAUUCUACGACAAGAUCCGCGAUGCCCUGGGAGUCGACGUGCUGCGGGAGGACGAGAUGGAAUGCCUCAUUAUAGGCCUCGACUUCUUCAUCACCGAGAUCCCUCGCGAAGUUUUCACCUACUCAGAAACCGACCCGAUGCAUUUUGUCAGCCCUCGCGAGAACAUAUACCCCUACAUGCUCGUCAAUAUUGGAUCUGGUGUAUCGAUUCUGAAGGUGACGGGUCCGAGGUCGUACCAGCGAGUGGGUGGCACCUCAUUGGGUGGCGGCACGCUCUGGGGGCUGUUGUCGCUGCUGACCGGAGCGAAUACCUUUGACGACAUGCUGGAGCAGGCAGCAACGGGCGACAAUGCCAAGGUCGACAUGCUGGUCGGAGACAUCUACGGAACGGACUAUGGCAAAAUCGGCCUGAAAAGCACCGCGAUUGCAUCGUCUUUUGGGAAAGUCUUUCGGAUUAAAAAGGCGGCUGAAGCGGGAGCGGCGAAUGGCAUCCAGGAGGACACGUCCACUACCGACGUGGGCUUUACCGACGGGGACAUUUCGCGCUCCCUGCUGUACGCGGUUUCCAACAACAUUGGGCAGAUUGCCUAUCUGCAAUCGCAAAUCCACAAUCUCUCGGACAUCUACUUUGGCGGCACCUUUAUUCGGGGCCAUCGGCAAACCAUGAACACGCUGAGCUACGCCAUCAAGUUCUGGAGUAAGGGCGAGAAGCAAGCCUAUUUCCUGCGGCACGAGGGCUACCUCGGUGCCGUAGGUGCCUUCCUGAAGCGACAGCCUAUCAACUGGGGCAGGAGAGGCAGUUUUGAGGCCAACGACGAUCUCGCGAAUUGGAGGAAGAGCCAUAAAGGGGGCGUGGCGGCAUGA